AUGUCCUCCAGCCCAGCGAGCUCGAGGGCGCCCUCCCCGGCACCCUCGCACUGCUCAGAGGCGUCCGAGGUGUAUACACCGCCCUCGCCCGAAAUCAUAGCCGCGUACGAUACGCUCAUGGCGGGUCUCAUGCCGCCCAUGGAGCCCGUGACGGUCGACUUCGAGCUCGAGUCCAAGCCCGCAACGGCCAAGCCUGUCCCUGCAGACGCCGGUAGCGACGACGAAGGUGGCUCUGGCCUCAACGCUAGUGGCCUGCCAAUGACCAAGGCCGAGAAGCAGAACGCUAAGAAGAAGCGGAGAAAGGAGCGCGAGCGCCAGCUCAAACUAGAGAUCGAGGCGGCACGCGCGGCGGCCUUGCCACCCCCACCAAAGCCCAAAGAGGAGACUGUGGACUUCCGCCUCUUCUCAUCAGCCCCCGUCGGGCCCGUCUCGCUCUCCACUGUCGAGGAUUACCCAGUGACCACCAACCCCCGUCUCCGCCCGCUCCCCGACAGUGUGCAAGCCCGUAUCCGUCGUGUGGCCUCUGAAGCGGCCAUCGAGCCGUCCGCGGUCCCCGACAUCGGUCCUUCGAGACGUUACCAAAAGCCUGCCGUCGAGUUUCACAGUGACGCUGCGACACCGUUGCCCGUGUCGUUUGUCGCCAAGCGCAUGAUGGACGAGUGGGCCGACGCCGAGAACAAGUGUAAAGCUCUGCCAGCCGUGGACGUGUAUCUCCCAGUCUCAGUCACAGGCCUGGGAUCUGGCGAGCAGGUUGCAGGAGACGACGAGCCCGAGAGGAAACGCAAGCGCGGCAGGAGGAGGCCGCCACGCGAGUUUCCGGCGCCUCGGCUCUGGAGGGCGCCGAGGGGUUUGGGAGGAAAGAGUGCUGGGUACGCUUAUGGCUGGGGUGUGGUGUAG